GCCCAGAAGCCUUCAGAGGCGCUGACUGCGGGAUGUAAGUAGCUCUCCAGGGUGCUGAAGUUGUCUCCCAACGCUCUAGAACUCUACCUGUCACCUCCAGCCCCUAAUCCGAACACAAUGACCGGACUGUGUCUUCACUGGAACGACAGUGGAGUGAAUAGGUAAGAUCGGGGAUGAUUAGUUGACUUUGCAACUUUUUUUUUUUUUUUUUUGGCGAAGACAGACGUAAAGAUCCGAGAAGGCGCCUGUAAGAUUGUCUCAUCGGAUCCCGAAGCUGUCCUGAUGGCGCUAAAGAAAUGGAGUCAGGGUUGUAACUGAAAAGUGAAUAUAAAUAUUCACUCUCUUGGACACCCUGGAAGGACAAUGCAAGAUAUUCCUCCAAAUGGUUGGGAGUCCAACCAUCCAUGUGUGCCCAUAAUAAAAAGUAGACAAACUAUACCGGCGCUGCCCUUCUGUAACUUUAUGUUAUGGGUUCUCUUGGGCGUGCUCACUUUCCCUUGCUGCGUCCACUGUUUGAUAUUCAAAGUGGGGGUGUUGGGGCCGUGGAACUGCGACCCGGUCUACUACAGGGCCCUUCCCACAGCGGCGGCCAAACUCGCCGUGAGCAGGAUAAAUGGAGAUCUCAAUCUGGAUCUGGGUCUGAAAAUGGACUUCGUCAUCCUCCAGGAGCCUUGCGAAACCUCCAAAGCGCUGACGGCGUACAUUUACUAUGACAAAUCAGCAGACGCCUUUGUGGGCUCCUCGAACCCGGGAUACUGCAUCGCGGCGUCUCUACUGGCCAAGAACUGGGACAAGGCUCUCCUUUCCUUCAGCUGCGUCACCUUCGAGCUGGACCGCGCCACGGGGUACCCGACGUUUGCCUGGACGAUCCCGCUCCCCGCCGAGGUGCUGUUCACCGUCUUUAAGCACUACAGGUGGGCCAGCUCCGUGGUGGUCUCGUCCAAUGAAGACCUUUGGAUAGACACCGCCACCAGAGUGGCCGCAUCUCUCCGGAGGAGAGGGCUCCCCGUCGUCCUGGUAACGGCCAUGGGUAUGAACGACACAGAGGUGGACAGCACGCUGUGGAAGAUCAAAAAUGCAGGACCAAUAAAGGUCAUUAUCAUGUGCAUGCACUCCAUCCUGCUUGGAGGUGAGCAGCAGGGCACUUUUCUCAUGAAGGCGCACAGGCUGGGCAUGACUUCUGGGAAGUACGUGUUCGUGCCGUACGACGCGCUCCUCUACAGCCUCCCCUACUCCAACAUCUCCUACUUCCCUCUGCAAAACAACAGCGUUCUGAGGGAGGCGUACGACGCCGUGCUCACCAUCACUAUGGCCUCAGAGCCUCUGUCCUUCAACGAGGCGUUCACUGCUGCCAGGAGGAGCGGGGAAAUUGAGAUGCCCGUGCAGGCAGAGCAGGUUCAUCCACUGUUUGGGACCAUCUACAACAGCAUAUACCUGCUGGCCAAGUCCAUCCACAAUGCCAGAAAAGCAGGCAUGCAGCUGUCAGGCUCAAACUUGGCCUACUUCACAAAGAACACAACUUUCAAUGGCUUCAAUCAGAAGGUCAAGGUGGACAACAACGGAGAGGUUCAGACCAACUAUGUCAUCCUGGACACUGACAUGACGGGAAGUCAGCUGUACCAGGCCUACACGGUGGACAUGAAAGCACGAGUGCUCAGAUUUUCCGGGAGGUCCAUUAAAUUUCCAGGAGGAUCCCCCCCGCCUGCUGACUCCAGCUGCUGGUUUGAAGAGAUUGCCAUCUGCACAGGAGGUGUGGAGGUGGCCUACAUCAUAAUAGUACUGGUUGUCACCAUUAGUCUGGCUGUGGGAGGCCUGAUCAUAAGUCUUUACAUUCGGAGGAGACUUCAACAAAUCCAGCUGGUCAAAGGUCCCAAUCGUAUCCUCCUGACUUUAGAGGAUCUUACUUUUAUCAAUCCCCAGCUUAGCAGAAAGAAAAUCACUUUAGAGGAUCUGAGCGAGUCCAAGAGCGCUCUGGAUGAGAAAUCUGCAGAUCCCUCGCACUCUGUGAACAGCAUGCAGACGGCAACUCAAGAGAAUUCCAGCGUAGCAGUGUAUGAGGGUGACUGGGUUUGGCUGAAGAAAUUUGAGGAAGGUCAUUUUAAGGAAGUGAAACAAAGCAGCACCAGGAUUUUCACAAAGAUGAAAGACCUGAGAAACGAGAACGUAAAUCCCUUCCUGGGCUUCUUCAUGGACCCCUCCAUGUUUGCAGUGGUUACAGAGCACUGUUCCCGGGGUAGUUUGCAGGACCUGCUGCGGAACGAGGAUGUUAAAUUAGACUGGAUGUUUAAGUCCUCCCUUUUACUCGAUCUUAUUAAGGGGAUGAAGUAUCUUCACCACAGGGACUUCCCUCAUGGAAGACUAAAAUCGCGAAACUGUGUGGUGGAUGGACGGUUUGUCCUCAAGAUCACCGAUUAUGGCUUCAACGAGCUGCUGGAGUCUCAGAAAGCUCCCUUGGAAGAGCCCCCACCUGAGGAACUAUUCUGGACAGCUCCAGAGUUCCUGCGGGACCUCGCAAAUUCUCGCAAAGGGACAUACAAAGGCGACGUGUAUAGUUUUUCAAUUAUUCUUCAGGAGGUGGUGGUGAGAGGGCCGCCGUACUGCAUGCUGGAUUUGCCUCCUGAGGAAAUCAUCCGUAAGGUGAAGAAGCCUCCCCCAAUGUGCCGUCCUACUGUGUCACCGGAUCAGGCUCCUCUUGAAUGCAUCCAGCUGAUGAAGCAGUGCUGGAGCGAACUGCCUGACCGCAGACCCAACUUCGAUGAGAUAUUUGACAGGUUCAAGACAAUCAACAAGGGUAAGAAGACCAACAUCAUCGACUCCAUGCUGAGGAUGCUGGAGCAGUACAGUUCGAACUUGGAGGACCUCAUCAGAGAGAGAACAGAGGAGCUGGAAGUAGAAAAGCAGAGGACGGAGAAGCUGCUGUCUGAGAUGCUCCCACCGUCUGUGGCAGAGGCCCUGAAGACCGGCGGCACAGUGGAGCCGGAGUACUUCGAUCAGGUGACGAUCUACUUCAGCGACAUUGUGGGCUUCACCACCAUCUCCUCGCUCAGCGAUCCCAUCGAGGUGGUAGACCUUCUCAACGACCUGUACACGCUGUUUGAUGCCGUGCUCAGUAACCACGACGUCUACAAGGUGGAGACCAUCGGUGACGCCUACAUGGUAGCGUCCGGCCUGCCCAAGAGAAAUGGCAACAAGCACGCUGCUGAGAUUGCAAACAUGUCCCUGAACAUCCUCAGCUCAGUGGGCUCCUUCCAUAUGCGACACAUGCCAGAUGUGCCCGUCAGGAUACGAAUAGGAAUUCAUUCAGGGCCCUGUGUUGCUGGCGUAGUAGGCCUGACCAUGCCUCGGUACUGCCUUUUUGGAGACACCGUCAACACUGCCUCUCGUAUGGAAUCCACUGGUCUGCCUUAUAGAAUCCAUGUCAAUUUGACUACGGUGAAGAUCCUCCAUUCUCUUAAUGAUGGUUAUAAGAUAGAUGUUCGAGGAAAGACAGAGUUGAAGGGUAAAGGUAUUGAGGAGACAUACUGGCUUGUGGGGAAAACAAACUUCACAAAACCUUUGCCAAAACCACCAGAGAUUAAACCAGGGGACAACUGGCAGCAGAUGGUGACAGAGGAGAUAAAGACUCUUUUCCGCAAGGCCAACAGACAGGUGGACAACAAGCUGUGAACGAAGGGGAGGGAAGGAGAUGAUUCAGAAGAGGGGAAAACAGAGGAGAGGAGGGAGCGUCACGAGGAUCCAGGAGCAGGAAGAGACGAAGAUGUGGGAGGGGGCGGGCAGAGGACGGAGAGCGCCACCCAGCCUCUCAGCGUGGCUUAACGCCGACUUGUUUUAAGAGGAUUGCUCAUCGGCCGGCUAAUCUGCCUGCAGCCAGCACAGCAGAACACAACGGUGCUAAUGUAAUGAGAGCUGUCGCAUUACCUGCCUACCUGCCUGCUGCCAGGGCGGCAGGCAAGGUGCAGCCGCUCCUUAAUGACGUACGGACUCACUCGCUCCUCUCUGCACUCACCGGCCACUGCGUGGUCAACUAUUUUUCAGGACAACCAGAGGUUCACCUGUCAAAAGAUUGAACGCCCAAAAACGCCUAUUUCAAAAUGAAAUAUUUUCUUCUUUUUUUUUUUCUUUCCUUUUUUUUUAUGUCUGUCUGUAGGUAGCUUCUGGUAGGGAUGCAGAGCCAAGGCUGGAACGUAGCUGUGGCUGAACACUAUAUUUAAUUAGCCAUCCAAAGCUGGAGGCUAAGGCUGCUAAUGUAUAUAAGUACCAAUAAGAAAAAGAAAAAACAAAACCCACUUUUAUCUCCUCUGUCUUAGAGCAGAAAAAGAUUACAGUCAGGCUGACUGCAAGUUUUUUUGUUUUGUUUUAAUGCAAUCAACCCUCUCUCUAAUAGUUUACAAUAUUGAAGAGUGGGGGGACCUUGGAAAGUACUGAAAGAACCUAAAGUAUCGGAUGAUUUCUGUUCCAUUUAGUGGAACCUUAUCGCUCUUCAGUAAGAGGGCUACUGAAAUACACUGUUAUAAAGCCUGAUAAGCACUUUAAUCCCCCAUUAAAUUCUAAGAUGUUUAGAGCUGUUAUAGGACAUAUUUCUUUGGUAUUAUGGGACACUAGCUCCUGUUCAAAGAAAGGAGAAAAAGAAAGAACAAAUGAUUUUGCAGGUGUUCUGUUUGUCACCUCCAUGUUAAAAAAGUUGAUGACUCCUCCUGUAACAACAGGUGUGAGCUUUGUUUUUUGAUGUCCAAUGAAUUGCUUUAUGUAAUUUGGCCUUUAGUUGUUCAGAUUGGAUGGUCAUGAUUUCUCAGACCAUCAAAAUCAGUUGUCAGUGAGAGGUUUUUGGGAACUACAUUGUGGUCAAUUUAUUUUUCUUUCUUUUUUUUUAUAAAGAAAGCAUGCAAACACACAGAGGCAAAUGCAAUUCUGUUUCCUCUUUUAAAGGAGCUUUAAAAUUCCUGUUUAGAUUAUUAUUAAAAGUGAAUCGGAACGCAAUAAUAAUAAGACUCCUACUCCCUUUAGAAAUUGGGAACAUCUUAUACAGACGAGUUUUAAAAAAGUGAUUCCGAUUUUUGUAUCAGGGCUUGAAGUUAAUUGUGUAGUCAAUAUUUUUUAUGCAAUGAAAAAUGCAUUGGAGCCAUGAGCCCGUCAUCAUAGUCUUUUUUUCAGUCUAAAAUAAAUACAUGAACAGUCUAGAUGUUUACUUAUUGUGGAGGAAAGGAUAUACUGGUAACUAAAUAAAAGUCAAAUUAGAAUUUAAAAAAUGACAAAAAGAGCACUUUUUUGAUAGAGCUGCAUGCAUUAUUUUGAUGUUUUAUCCAAAGUCUCCACUGUUUAAGUAUUUUCAAAAAUUAAAUUAACAGUUCCUUUGCUCCAAUCUUAUUGAUCACCGCAGGUUGAGCUUCAUCCAUUCUGGCUAAACAAAUCUACAGCCGAGACUGUCAGAAACGUGUGGACCUGAUAUGAUGUUGUUUGUCAUGUAUAUUAUUACACAAUGA